GCGCACAGCAGACCGGAGCGGGUUAGUGUGGAUACGCAGCGGAGCGCACGACUGAGGACUCUGUACAGCGCAACUCCAACACAAAUGGAUAUUUACGUGGCUUUGUUUUCCUUUUUCUUUUUCACCAAACCAGCUUUGGCUUUCGGAUCAGAUCAAGACUACCAGAUUGAUAUCAUCAAUGAACUUGACCUGGCUAAUGCCACCUAUGGAAUUACCCAAGUGGCGGGGCUUCACAACAGCAGCAAAGCCUUCCUGUUCCGAGAUGUUGGGAGAGCAGUUCACGCCCCGCCACACAUCACAGAGAAAGUGGUGCAGCUGUUCAGGAGUAAAAGCGAGUUUACCUUCUUGGCCUCCAUCCAGCAGAAAUCUUCAACGUCGGGAGUCAUAUUCUCCAUCCACGAGUCAGAACACAGCUACUUUGAGCUUGAGAGCAGCGGGGUGAGAGAGGAGAUCCGCUACCACUACCGCUUCAAAGGCAAGCCGCGCUCUGAGUCCUUCCCUUACCGCCUCGCCGACGGCCAGUGGCACAAGAUCGCUCUCACCAUCAGCGCCUCCCACCUCCUGCUGCACGUCGACUGUAACAGGAUUUACGAGCGAGUGAUAGACCCUCCUCAGAUGGAGCUCACUGCAGGCAGCGGAGUGUGGCUGGGCCAGCACAGCCACAAACAUGGGCUGUUUAAGGGCAUUAUCCAGGAUGUGAAGUUGAUUUUCGCUCCCAACGGCUACAUCACACAGUGCCCUAACCUUAACCGCACCUGCCCCACCUGCAGUGAUUUCCUAAGCCUGGUGCAAGGCAUCAUGGAUCUUCAGGAGCUGCUCGCCAAGAUGACCCUCAAGCUAAACUACGCAGAGUCCAGGCUGACCCAGCUGGAGGGCUGUCACUGUGAGAGGACCUGCAGCGCCAACGGUCUGGUCUACAGGGAUAAAGAGCUGUGGGUGGAGCCGGAGAACUGCAGGAACUGUGCUUGCAAGAACGGUGUGGUGGAGUGUCGCCGGAUCUUCUGUCCUCCGGCAAACUGCUCAGAGGACUCGCUGCCUGUUCAUGUCGACGGGACCUGCUGCAAGAAGUGCAGACCAAAAUGUACCUACAUGGGCCAGACCUUUUCUGAAGGCCAGCGCUUUUUAUCCCGGAGCUGCAGGGAAUGCAAGAACGGCCUGAUGGUGAAAGUCACAGAAACUUGUCCGGAGCUCAACUGCACUGUCAAUGAUCAGAUCUUACCAGAGGGAAGAUGCUGCAAUGUUUGCAGAGGUUAUGAUUUCUGCGCAGAAGGAGUCAUCUGUGGAGAAAACUCUGAGUGUAAAAACCGGAAUACUAAAGCCGAGUGUGAAUGCAAGAGUGGCUACGCCUCCAUCCACGGAGACUCUACGUACUGUGAAGAUAUCGAUGAGUGUGCCACCCAGAUGCAUUACUGCCAGUCCAACACGGUGUGUGUCAACCUGCCUGGCAGCCAUCGCUGCGACUGUCUGCCAGGCUUCAUAAGAGUGGACGAAUACUCCUGCACUGAGCAUGACGAGUGCGCCAGCGGACUAAAUUUGUGUGAUGAGAACGCCAUCUGCACCAACACCAUCAGAGGACACCUGUGUACCUGCAAGCCGGGCUACGUGGGCAACGGUACCAUCUGCAGAGCGUUCUGUGAGGAGGGAUGCAGGAGCGGAGGGACCUGUGUGUCCCCCAACACGUGUGUCUGUCCUUCAGGGUUUACAGGACGCCGCUGUGAGACAGAUAUCGACGAGUGUGCAGAAGGCUUGAUUGAGUGCCACAACCACUCCCGCUGUGUCAAUCUGCCUGGCUGGUACCACUGUGAAUGCAGAAGUGGUUUCCAUGACAAUGGCUCCUACCUGCUCGAUGGGAGCUCCUGCAUUGACAUCGAUGAGUGCAGUCUGCAGACACACACCUGCUGGAACGACAGUGUGUGUGUGAACCUCCCAGGAGGCUACGAUUGUGUGUGCACAUCUGGUCCGGGCUGCAGCGGCGACUGUCCACAGGAGGAUGGACUCAGACGCAACGGGGAGGACUGGAAACCAGACUUUGACCGCUGUGCUAUCUGCUCCUGCAAGGAUGCUCAGACGUACUGCAGGAGGAGACCCUGUGACUGUGGAGACCCAGACGAGGAUCUGUUCUGCUGUCCCGGCUGUGACAACAGGCCAAGCAGCCAGUGUCUGGACCAGAGCGGACGCACACUCUACCGUAGUGGAGCGUCCUGGCUGUACGGCUGCCAGCAGUGCCGCUGCAUGGAGGGGGAGGUGGACUGCUGGCCUCUGGUUUGCCCCGUGUUGAUGUGCGAGUACACGGCAGUGGCGGAGGGCGAGUGUUGCCCGCGUUGCGUCACAGACCCCUGCCUGGCCGACAACCUGUCAUAUGACAUCCGACAGACAUGCCAGGACCCCGCGGGUGUCAUACGCCUCAGCGGGGACACAUGGCAUAUGCCCAACUCACCCUGUACCACCUGCAAGUGCAAGAACGGGAAUGUUUGCUGUUCGGUGGAUCUCGACUGCCUUCAGAACAACUAAAGCUCUCCUCCUCCUUACACUGCGGGACUGCCAUGCCCUCCUCCCCCUGUCUGAUGACUCCCCAUUGGAUUACUAAAAACAGACUCACGCACACAAAUGUGCAUGCCAGAGUGUGCACAGAAAAUACGAACACACACUGGACAGACUGAAAUGAUGAGGCUGUGCUUUUAUGCCAUGAACCUUUCCACAAAAAGUGAAUGAACGUGUGUCUGUGGGUGCGUGUGAGCGGCUCAGGUGGAGACUGAGGCCAUGGUCACUACAGUCACUGUGUCGUGUAUGUAUCUUUGUCUUGUUUCCAUUUCACUACAUGUCAUAAAGAGAGCGCUGAAGCACUAAUUCUCCAAUCCAACACUAGAGGCAGGUGUUGGUUUCCAUUAAGAAUAGGAUACAGUUAUUAUCCAACAAAAAUAAUGUACCCUAAAUUCCUAUGAUGUCCUGUGCAGCUGCAGCAUCACGAUUCAAGUCUGACACAGAAACAAGAGAUGGUUUGAUGUAAAAAUAACAAGCAGGAAAGAAACAGAGAAACAGAAGUACCUUUGAGUCUGACAAUUCAUUUUCCAACUCAGAACCCAACUUCUCCCACGGGAAUGACUUUUUCAUGUAAUUUCAACAUUUUUUGUACUUUCUGCUAUGACAAAAACCUCACCUGAAGCCGUGAGAUGCUCCGUUUUGUCUUUGAUCAGAGUUAUUUCAUGAUACAUGUUGACAACUGAUGGUUUAAUCAUUGAUGGUUUUUGUUUCUUAGGAGCUGUGUUCGACAUUUUUCACCAACUGAUACAAAAAGCAGUUUAAACAAAGUGUGAAAAAUAUUGAGCUAUAGGCCUACAUCUUAAUCUUUAAUCUAAUUAAUGUGGUGAAAUUAUGGUCACAGCUUUGUGGAUGAUCAUGCAUUAAAACACAGGCUCAUAACGUUUGGAAGCAUUUUCUACACAUUUUUAUUUAAACACCUACAAACAUAAACAAAACUGUACCUUCAUUCCAGCCAGGUUUUCGUCCUGAUUCUUUUCCUUGUUUUAUGAUUUUUGCUGCAACUGUAACACAUACCAGUGUGGAGGGACGGCAAGCCGAGGAUAUCGAUAGAUAUCGAUGUAUGUUUUUCCUCUGGAGUCACAUGAUCACGCGAGGUCUUUGGCAGGUUGACGGUAGAGGUGGGAAUCUUUAGUCACCUCACAAUUCGAUUCAAUUUCGAUUCAUAGGGCUACGAUUCGGUUCUUAUUUGAUUAUUGAUUCAUUUUGAUGCACUUGUUUUUUUUACAUUUCUGUUGUUCUCACUGUGUCAAACAUAAUAAAAACAUUAUAUAUGUGUUUGGAAAAAACACAACAUAAAAAUGCCCUUUUUCACAGAUGAACAACUGGUAAUCUAAAUCUUACUGUUACACGCUGCGUGUUAAAGUUCCAUCUUUUUGUUCCUACUAUUCCACAGUAUUGAAUAUUUAAAUUAUUAACGAUUAUUGGACAUUUAUAAACCGAUUCAGAAUCUUCCACCUCCAUAUCACGAUGCAUCUAAGAAUCAAUUUUUUCUCCCACCUCUAGUCGGCAGGUGUGUGUUCUCAGUGGUCUCUCAAUCUGGCUGCGUCUCCCACAUUUUUAAAAUUGAUUCGAAAAUUGUCUAGUAUGUGGCUAGCCUUAGUGGAGUUUUAGGCUGGACCAACAGUCUUUUUCUUUAUUCAACAUCAUUCCUUACACUUUUGAGUGUUUUUUUAAGGACUGAAAUUUGUUAACUUGUUCAUUCUCAAGCUUUAAAUAAGGACUGUAGUUUUAGGUCUGAUCUACAGGUCUGGGACGACUGUGGUACAGUAGGUAGUGUCAGGCAUCCCGCAAUUGGAAGGUUGUUGGUUUGAUCCCCAGCUCCUCCAGUCACAUUUGGGCUUGGGCAAGACACUUAACCCCAGUUUGCUCCCACUGCUUCAUCAGUGGUGUGUAAAUGGAUGCGUUUGAAUAGGGUUAGCUAAUACUGAUGGUCAUCUUCAUAGCAACCUCUGCCAUCAGUGUGUGAAUGCAGAGUGAAUGGUGUAAAAGCGAUUUGAGUAGUCGAUGACUAAAAACAUUUACAUUUAUUUACAUUUAAAUAUUGAUAUCACUAUCAGAGAUAAAACUAAUAAGUCAAUAUCAGCAUAUGGGAUAUCCACAAAUUAAAAUACCAUGGAUCCCGAUGAGUGUUUAGCAGGUUGAUAUGAAGUUAUGUCAUCAGAAGGUAUUCAUCCUCUUGGAUGUUUUACCCUUUUAUUGAUUUCAUAAAUCCAUCAUGAUCAAUAAAAUUUGGCUUUUUUGACCAAAAAAACACCCUUAAAUGUCAAGUGACAGAGUUAAAUGGAGUAAAACUGCAGUGUCCAGAUGUGCAAGCCUGACUGAGACCUAUCCACACAGACUCAGUGCUGUGAUUUCAGCCGAAGUUGCAUCUACUAAAUACUGACUUAAAGGGGGGUGAAUAUUUAUGCAAUCUUUUAUUCUACAUUACUUUUUUAAUUUACUAAGUCAGACCUGUUCUUAACGGGAUAACGCUAAGAGCACUUCAGAUCAGACAUCGUCGAAUGGCAGUACUUAUAAAGAUUUAUUUGUGAUAUUAUUUACUUCAUAUCUACUUCAGCCUUCAUGUUCUGUACCUGACCCUCUAUCUACUUUCUAUUUCAAUGAAAGAGAAAGCAUUUCGGUGCUCUCACAUUCAGCCAUAGCUCUUGACUUAUUCUGGAGAGUUUGUGUUGGUUUGAACUCCUCUGACAUCUCCCAGAGAUCCUCAGCUGUAACCCACAGAGCAGCAGACAGACAGAAGAAAAGAUAAAGAGAGAAAAAGAGGAGAAGAAUUGUGGGUAAUUAAAGCCAUGUCAUGCAGGCCUGGAUUUGAGUAUGCCAGGAGGUCACAACGUGUCAAAACUGUUUACAGAUGGCCGGGCUUAUUAAGGCAGGAGAGGCUGGUGCUUUUCCUGCUGAACUUCUCACAUUUACAGCCAUGAUGUUGCUCCGGUCGCCUCCUUGUCCUCUCCUCCACACCUCCUUCAAUUAUCCUCAAGCUUGUCUGGAGAGCGCUAAAGUUUCCCUCAAGGGUUUUCGUUAUUGCCGUGUUUGGCCAGCGCCGUCUGCUCUUUCUGCUGGGGGGUAAAGUAAAGUAAAGGGAAUGCGACACGCUUUCUCAAGACAUUGCCUCAGAUAUUUGAUCUGUUCCAUUUGUUAUGCUUAUUUGUUACUUGUUUAUUUAUUAUGCUUUCAGCAUGAGAUAUCACCUGAUAACAUUGAAAGUAUGACCUGCCAGCUGAUGCUUUAAUCAGAUGGAAAGCUAUUUAGUCAUCUUACGGCUUAUCAUAAACCCACUGAAUAGUUUACCCAUAGACUAUUUGUUUAACAGAGACAGAAAAGGAUCCAAACACUUUGACCUUCCUCUAUUUAAAGUCAAACUUUCUCUUGUUUCUGGUCAGGUCUGUGGCCCCUCACAGAAGCAGCAGGAAAGCUGUUUUUCCAUUAUUUCAUGCACAGGUCACAUUGUUUGGUGGUAAUCUCACCAACUUUUUGGGAAAGGUGAUGCUAUGUUGUUUAACCUCUGGAGGGAAGCGGCACGCAGCGAGGUGAAUCCCACCGCUUUGACCUCUCAAUCACGAUGUCCUUGUGUCGUCUUUGUUGGCCACUUCAUCUGUUUUUUGUCUCACCUGAGCAUUCCUGUGUCCUCUUCUCUGUUAUUACAACACCGCUUGUAAAACUGAAAGUUUCAACUGUGCACAAAGUUCACACAAAAGAAAAAUAAGUGAUGUAAAUUGUUUCUGUAUCAAUUCAAAUUUUAAAGAGUAACUACACCCCAAGACCACUUUAUUUUCCUGCAUAAAUGGACAUUUAGAGGUCUUGCCUUUUGCCUAGGGUCCAUAUCUUGAUAUUUGAGUGUUAAAACUGUGUUUUGUGUUCAAUAUAUGCGACUGCCCUUAAAUGGUUAAAACCUGGUCGCUAAAAUAUUGUGUUUUUUUAAUUGGCUGAUCUGGUGGCAGAUGUGGUGACAGCACCACUCACUUUUUCGACAAGCUUACCUUCAGAAGAAGCACCCAAAGCUGAAAUUUACAGCGAACAGCAGGCUCCACCAAUCAGACAUUGCCAUCCUACUCUAGGGUUGUUUUCUCUGUAUUAGUUGGGUUAAUAAUUUUGUCCUCAUCAAUACCAUUGUUUCACACUCAGAUGGCUCAUGGUGAGGCUACAAUGGAUCACUAUUAUUGAUAAUGCUCCCCUCCGUAUCGAUGACUUCUUAAAGGCAUUUCUUUUCUUGUGUUUUUUUUUUUUUUUUUUUUUUUUAAUUUCAGGGUUGAUUCAUCUUAGGUGAAACUCUGGGGUUUAGUUACUCUUUACUGAAGUUAUUGAAGAGUGCACAUUUGUACAAAGAUGACUGGAAACAUGGUUUUCAGACUGCUCUGUCGACUGAUUUGAUAUGAAAUAUAAUGACUACUGUAGAACACUAUUUGCAAGUAUGUGUGUAAAUGUUUUUACAUACUGACGAUAUGAUGAUACAAUUAUACAGUUUUUUAAUUCUCAUUGUGUUCAUGAAAUGCGUGUUAAUUUUAGUCGACUGCUCUUCUUUUCAUUAGAUAGGCUCUGUUCUGCUGUAAAUACUGUGUAAAGUGGAGGGUUCUGUAAAGAGAGUAAGAUUAUGUGAAUAAUUCUCACUAUGGCUUCUUAGAAAUCUGAGCGUUGCAAGUUUGACAGAGAAGCAACAUUUCUAUUGUUUUUACUAUUUCUUUAUUUUUCUAUUCUUGCCUUAACCCUUUUAGUAUCCGUCAUAGUUUGUCUUUCCACCAUUUAAGGACACCAUCAUGGAUCUGUCAGUGAAGCCCGCAAAGAUCUGAAGAGCUUGGAUGGACUAUUCACUUCACCUUUUCUUUCAACACGCCUUUAUGAACUGAACUGAAAACGUCCACCGAGUACCAGACAAAAACUAUGUACACAUGUAAAAACAGAAAAAAUGUUGAAAUGGUCAUGUUGUUCUUGGUUCAGUUCCUACUAAAACAGAAAGCCAUUGUGUUCCUCCUUUAAUGUCUGACUUUUUAAAAGAAGCAGUUUUGGACCUCCUAGACCCCGAUGUGCUCGUUCAUGUUUUUUGAUAGAAGACCGCGGCGGAGGAAUCCCCCGCCGUCUGUUCAUUGUUACUUCUCCAGAUGAGAGGGGCCAACCUAAUUGUACUCA